UUUUGGUUCGAGAGAAUGGGUGGAGGAGGAGGUAUAACAUACAAGGGAGUCACCGUGGCCACUCCCAAGACGUGGCACACCGUCGCCGGAAAGGGCUUGUGCGGCGUUAUGUGGUUCUGGAUUCUGUACAGAGCAAAGCAAGAUGGUCCUGUAGUCAUGGGAUGGAGACACCCGUGGGAUGGCCAUGGUGAUCAUCACUAGGUCUCGUUGAACCUUUGAAGAUCAUGGCGAAAAAAUGUAUGUCUUGCUUUUUUCAGCUUCUUAUGUCGAAAUAAAGAGAAUUGUGAAAGAAGACGUGAAUUGUUUUUGUACUAAACUUUUUAAGACUUGCUGCUUAUGUUCUAAGUUGCUACUUGGAUUGCACUUUCGUGAUGUUGUUUUGCUAUCUACAAAUGAAUUUAAAAUAAAAACCAGUCGCGAGAUUCAUGUUA